CUGUCAAACAAAUCCAAACAACGCGCGUUCUCCGUUUGCGGCACCACUUCUAGUGCAUUUUCCUUGCUUUUCAAUAAAAUAUACGCAACAUUCGUAAAAAAUGUCGAAAGCACAUCCGCCAGAGUUGAAGAAGUACAUGGACAAGCGGCUUUCACUGAAGCUCAAUGGAGGACGAGUUGUUUCCGGCAUCCUGCGUGGUUUCGAUCCGUUUAUGAACGUCGUGGUAGAUGAAUCGAUUGAGGAGUGCAAAGAUGGCACCCGUAACAACAUCGGAAUGGUGGUUAUUCGGGGCAACAGUAUCAUCAUGGUGGAAGCGUUAGACAGGAUAUAGGUAUGCUACCGGUACUCAAUCUUCGAAUAAACUUAAUCACUCUUGGAAAACUUUAUUGUACAAUUUUGCUCUCAUAACUCACCAUGGAAAUGGCGAUUAAGACUUACACUUCAUUACCUUCUCCACUU